AUGCCGGUAUGUAUCCCCCACAACGACUCGGCCAACAACCGCCCUCUAGGCUCAACGACCACAGUGAAUCCCACAGAGCUCUACGUACAGCCAGGCACCACGUCGAGCGUCAGUUCGGCUAGCAUGCAUCCCGCGAACUGUCUGGCCGAUCAUCGAAUCGGAUUGAAGUUCACGAGCAGUUCCAUGGUAUCUGCACCGUUCGUAUUAGCGCCAAUCCAUAACGUCAGCCGUGUUGUAGCCGAAGAGACUACUCGCUUGUCCUCUUUCGGCGUGCCAGUAGUCAGUUUAGGAUCGUGGAGAUCCAAGUCGUACGAGUUCCCGCUCGCAACCAAGCGCCUGGGCUCCCAACUUCAGCCUUGGAGUACAAUUCAGCUCAAGCCGAGCAUUAAGUACAAACCCCUAGCCAAUGGCAGGCAACGACCGAAGCUCGAAUAGGUUGACCUCACUAGUAGCGACCGCGCUUGUACCUGAAGAUCACCCCACAACCACCAAAAGGGACAAGAUCGAUGCGAAAGCUGACAAUAAGG